AGGUAUCAGCUGGAAUCAAAUUCAACCGGAGUGUUUUAUCGUGUUUGAAGUACCUUGAAGCUGUUCCUUGGACCGAGGAAGAGGAAGAGAAAUUGAGAAACUUGUUUGAUAAAAUGAAGUUUAAUCAUGAAACAGCUAGAGACAUUUCAGCUAGACUCUAUGCUCAAGAUAUGACAGAUUCUCAACAGACUUUGUCUAAGCAGCUUGUUUGGUCUGUUACCACAUGCGUUGAUGCCAAUUCCAGAAACGAGCUAAAAUCCUUAGUCAAGGGUCUCCUGUGCAAAAGCUCAGUCUAUGAAAAGGACUGCCCUGAUCUGAACAAGGUGGAUAUAUUUGCAGUUUGCCUGUCUUGUAUAAAUUCACUUGUUAGUUUGCUUGAGGAGGCAACUACUACGAGUCCAUCUGUAAAAUUCGCUAAGAAAGAAGACCGGCCCUUGAUUGACCGCAUAUCUAAGCAGGUUGACAACAUCAUAUGGCUGCUCGAGAUUUUGCUUGAUCACCAGAUGGCAGAGGACUUGGUGGAUAUAUGGACCAAACAAGGUGAGUUGCUUGCAAUGCAUAAAUGUGCCUCUCCAUUGGUCAGAUACGAGCUUAGCCGGGUAACAGCUAUGUUAUUUAUAGCAAUGGGCACUGGGAAAAUGCAUUGCUGCUCUGAAGCAAGGUCGGGGCUUCUUCAGACAUGGUUUAGACCCAUGUUAUUGGACUUUGGAUGGCUACAGAGAUGCAAAAAAGGCCUAGACAUGAAGGCAUUGGAGGAAGCGAUGGGUCAAGCACUCCUUACUCUUCCUUUGAAGGAACAAUAUGUUCUGUUUAUGGAUUGGUUCAAAUGUUUCUCUAAGCAUGGCACUGAAUGCCCUAACCUUAGCAAAUCAUUCCAGAUAUGGUGGCGACGAUCGUUCUUGAGAGGCUCUGAAACUCAUGCCUCUGAAUCUAGGUAGAAUGAUGUUUUUUCUAGUCCUGUUUUCUUUCUAGUGGGAUGCUGUAACUUGGGCAAUCUGAAACACUUGGAAAGUCAAUAAUGUAGGGUAACGUUGUAGAUUUACUAAUUGUUGUGAGAGGAAGUGGAAUGCCAAUUCAGUAUAUAUGACGCUUUUACCAUUA